AUUACCGUCCGACUUUAACCACCCAUAAAGAUUCAACUUUUUUCCCGGCCUAUAUAUACACAGUUUGAACAGUUCUUCCUCAAAUUCAUCAGCAUUCAUAUUCUGUUCACCAUCGAUCAGAGAGGGUAGUAGUUUGUGAAGAUUCAUUCACAUUUGUUGAAUCUUUUCUUUUCUUUUCCUUUUUUUCAUUCAUUGUUUUCACAGAGCCAUGGCGGUGUAUUCGGGGAUUUCCAUGGUUCUGUGCCUGUGGGUGGGCGUUGUUUUUGGGCUUUGUUUUGCGUCCGCCAUCGCUGAGCUUCCGACGUUUCAUCACCCCACCAAGGGCGAUGGCAGCCUCAGUUUCUUGGUAAUCGGUGACUGGGGAAGAAAGGGCGAUUAUAACCAAUCCCAGGUUGCCUUUCAGAUGGGGGAAAUUGGAGAGCAAUUGGCCAUUGAUUUCGUUGUAUCAACGGGUGACAACUUCUAUGAUAAUGGGUUGACAGGGGAACACGAUCAGGCUUUCACAGAAUCUUUCACCGACGUUUAUACAUCAGAAAGCUUGCAGAAACAAUGGUAUUCCGUUCUGGGCAACCAUGAUUACAGAGGAGAUGCUGAGGCACAACUUAGCUCUCACCUCAGAAAACUUGAUAGCAGAUGGCUAUGUUUAAGGUCUUUUGUUGUCAACACAGAAAUUGUUGAUUUGUUCUUUGUGGACACGACACCAUUUGUGGAUGAAUACUUCAAUUCUCCCGAGCAUGUCUACGAUUGGCGUGGCGUUUUCCCUCAGCAGACGUACACCAAAAAUGUGCUAAACGGUCUUGAAUAUGCAUUGAUGAAAUCCACCGCAAAAUGGAGGAUAGUCAUCGGGCAUCAUGCGAUUAGGAGCGCCGGGCACCACGGCGACACCAAAGAGCUCGUCGAACGCCUUCUUCCCAUUCUCCGGACCUACAACGUCGAUCUGUACAUGAACGGCCACGACCAUUCCCUGGAACACAUCUCUGACGACGAAAGCCCGAUUCAAUUUAUGACGAGCGGGGCGGGGUCGAAGGCGUGGAGGGGAGAUGUUACAAUGGACAGGAAAGGGGUGUCAUUCUUCUAUGAUGGGCAAGGAUUCAUGUCUGUGCAGUUGGUUGAGAAUGAUAUUGGGAUUGUGUUCUAUGAUGUUGAUGGCCAGGUUCUUCAUAGAUGGACAAUGUCCAAACAACUCCUGCACACAGCUAUAUAGGAUUUUGUGUUUUCAAAAAACAAAACAACAAAAAAAAGAAGCUAUAUAGGAUUUUGUUAACCUUUUUAUUCUUUUCCCAAUAUUGUUUGUUUUUUCUUUUAUCUGUUCUCUUUAGUAGAUUGGAAUUGUAUAUACCUAGUGAUGGGGAUGCAUCUACACUUUAUAUGGAUUUGUCUCACAUGUUUAUAUUAUAAUAUAUGUACUGAAUUAUUAAUAUAAUAUCAAAAUUUUAUAAGAUUAAGUUA